GAUUUCGAGCAGGUCAUGGCUAUGAAUUGGCCGCUGUUCAAUUUCUGAUUUUGUGAUUCUGUUACUUUUGCCUCCUACGAAGAAGAAGAGAAGAAGAUCAAGAUGGACAUCUUCAACCCGUCUACCAGCCUCUACUCACUCCCUAAUGAGGUCUUUGUCCAAAUCCUCACGCCACUCUCGACUCACACCCUCCUCGCCCUCACCACCGUCUCGCACCGCUUCCAUGCCUUGAUUCUGCGCAUCCUACACUACCGUCUACGAGGCGCCGCUCCCUUGAAGGACUACCAAAUCAUGCUGGAGUGCUUUCACCCGGGCUCCCGACUCACCAGCCCGGCCUUUUGCAAAUACCUGGGCACCGACGACCUCAACGGAACCGAUGGCCUGAGCGGCCGACAUGAGGGAAAAGGAUCUCUCUACGAGGAUGUCGAAACAGCUCAUCAACUAGGCAAGCUGGGCUCGGUCUACUCCCGAUUCCGCCCUGAAACAUGCGUGGAAGAAAGGGCUCGUGGAGCGCGAUUGGUCGUUUCAUCGUCGGACAAGGCCAUGACCAUGUCGCGCGAUCUCGUCAUUGCGCAGUUCGACGACUUCUCGCAGCUCAGCAUCGCCGUCAACCUCGUCAAGGUCAUGCCAAGGAGCCAUUUGCUGCUUAGUGCCGUCACCGUGGAACAGGGCGUUAUCCGACUUUUCAAGAACUGGCUCAAGGAACGGAAUGCUGCUGGCCAGUGCGUUUCCUCCGACGGUCGGGCUACCGAAGCAAGCAAUAGCACUAGCACGCCUAGCGAUCGUCAGAUGCUGUGGGUUGACGGCGAAAAGAACGUCGGCUUGACCAUGCGAAUCAAGGAAAAGAAGUACACCGGCAACACACCGGUGCCUACGACGGAGGGGACUGUGUGUUACGAGGUGGAGGUUGAUGAAAUAUACAUCCGCACGACUCGUCUCUUGAUGACGCUGGAAAAGUCGCUGCAGGAGCAGCGCAAGAAAUGCGCCCGUGCGGUGAUAUUCACACGCGCUUGAUGAUACCCUUUUUUUCUCUUCUCGUUUUUAUUUUCUUUCGUUCUUGUCAAGAAUAUCGCAUACAGGUUUGGGACUAUUUUAUCCGUACAGGACACAGGAUGUUUCGG